CUGGUCUUGAUAUAAAAUGAGUCCAUAACGAGUUUAUUGUCAGUCAGUUCAGUUUGACGUCAAAUCUCCCGCCAAAAUGAAAGCCGCCAUUGUGAUUUUGUGUUUGAUCGGUACAGCCGUGUCAUUCCCAACAUUUGGGUUACUUAAGCACGCCGCUGGAGGUGCUGGAGGUUUAGGAGGUGCCUCAGGCAUCGCGAAGAAAGCUGCCGGUCUCGGAGCAGCGUCGCAUGGUCUUGGUGGCGCCAAAGACUGUGGCGAUGCUUUGGGUGGGGCAGCAGGUGGUAUUCCCGGACAAGUCAAUCCCGUUGGGGGUGUAGCCGUGGCCGCUGGCGGCGCUGAGGGCGCAGCCUCGCACGGUGUCGGAGCCAGUGUAGACGCAGCAGGCGAUGCGUUCGAUGGAGCAACAAAAGCGGCUGGCUCUGCUAUCACAGGGGUUACUGGUGGUGCGGGAGAUAUUGCGUCAGGAAAUUUCGCCGGUGGGGUUGGUAACGUUGCCAAAGGAGGGUUGGAUGCUGUAGGCAACGCAGCUGAUGGGUCUAGGUCAGCUGUGGGGGAUGCGUCAAGCGGGGCAGCAAAUGCUGUUCACGACGCUGCCAAUGGCGCUGACAAAGGAGCAACUACAGUUCUUGGUGGGAACGGUACUCCAAUAGGUGGAACUCUGGACGCAGCUGCUGGAAUAACCAAUGGUGUUGCUGAUGAAGGAGCACACAUCACUAGUGGAACAGCUGACGCCGGUGACGGCAUUGUAGAUGGGUUCACUGGAAAUGCUCCAGGAGGUUCUAAUUUAGAUCACGGCAUCGGCUCUGCUGUUGGCGGUGGUAAAGAUCACGGCAUCGGCUCUGCUGUCGGCGGUGGUAAAGGAACUGGUGAUCUCGCCAAUGAAGCUGGCAGCAUUAUCAGUGGCCUACACAAAGGGAAAGGAAAAGGAAAUCAUGGAAGCGGCAAUGGAAUCGGAAAUAACAAUAAUAACAAUUCUGGAAAUAAUAAUUCUGGAAAUAACGAUUCUCCAUGCGAUGAUAACAACAAAGAUGCCGAUGGUAAUCCCUGUGAUGAAAACGAUAAUGGAAAUGGAAACAACGGAGGCAACAACGGCGGAAAUAACGGUGGAAACAACGGUGGAAACAACGGUGGAAACAACGGUGGAAACAACGGUGGAAACAACGGAGGAAACAAUGGUGGAAACAACGGAGGAAACAACGGAGGAAACAAUGGAGAAAACGAUUGUGAUGACAACGGAGGAAACAACGGCGGAAAUAACGGAGGAAACAACGGCGGAAACAAAGGCGGUAACAACGGAGGAAACAACGGUGGAAACAACGGAGGAAACAACGGGAGUGACGGCUACACCAAAACUGGAGCCGAUUUAGAAGCCAAUGUGUCGGCUACCAUCAAAGGGUCAGUGAGCAAGGUCUCCGGGGGCGGUAAUGAUGACAACAAAGACUGCUGAAAAGGCAGACAAGUACACCUACCUAAUACGAUCCAGGGACUAAAGAGUGUACAGUCAUAAUUUACUCGUAAAUAAAGCAAACAUUCAUUUU